CAUUCACAUUCUCAACCCCCUCUAGGUGCCUUUUGGUCGUUUUCUACCAGACAAGACCAUUUUGUCAAUCCCCCAAAAAGCCACCCCCCCUCUAGCUAGCCAUACCUCACACCCUCCCUCCUGUCAACCUAUCCAACACCCAACGGCAACACCAGCAAUGCCCCCUCCGGCGGCGCCCGGGCCCUUCGCCUUCCCGCGCGAGUACCACUUCCCGCCCUUCUUCACGCGCCAGACCAACCUCACGACGCACCACGCCCAGCUCACAAAGUGGGCCGCCCUCGUCCUGGCCUACUGCCGCCACCACCGCAUCUACCGCCUGUCGCUGUCGUCCGCCGCCGCCGCGCUGCCCGCCGCCCCGGUUCGUGGCGAGAACUACUACUACGACGACGGCGACAACGACGGUGACGCGCCACCACCACCACCGCCAGCAGCAGCAACAGCAGCAGCAACACCAACAGGGGACGCAACGACGACGGGGACGGCAGAAGAGCUCUUUCACAACAGGCGGCUGAACCGCCGGCUCGCGCCCGCCGACGUGCGCGAGGUCAUCGACUUUAUGCGCAAGGACGGCCGCGCCGAGUACGUCGGUGGCAGGGAAAAGGACGUCGGCGCGGGAUCCGGCGGCGGCGGCGCUGGCGGUGACGUGGUCUGGAUCCACUGGCGCAAGCCCGAAGAGUGGGCCGCCCUGAUCGAGGCCUGGGUCGACGAGACGGCCCAGAAGGGCACGGUCCUGACCCUGUACGAGCUCGUCGAGGGCGAUGGGACGCUGGGCACCGAGAUCCACGGCAUGGAUGCGGACUUGCUGCAAAAGGCACUACAGGUCCUUGUCAAGAGGGGCAAGGCGCAGAUAUUCGGCCAGGAAGACUCUCAAGGUGUCAAGUUCUUCUGACACUUUGAUGGGCAUCAAAUUAUUUACAGCUAUGGUGUGCGCUUUGCCAUGCCGGCGACAUGGCCCAAAACAUGCCAAACACAAACCAGCGCCCCUGGAAGCCACACCGAGCGGUGCACCAAACGACCCCAUGCGUCUAAAAACAUAACAAAAGGCCCCCAUGAUCACAUGGCAUUGGCCGCAGGUCGCCCCAUUAAAUAAUACACCGGCAACGCCACUUGUUACUCCUCUGAAAGGCGCAUGUGCAAACGACGCAUCACAUGGCCACAGAAAGAAAAGGCAUCCAAAAAUGGGGUGGAAGGAGGGGAUAUCGAAUCGUCAUCAGCCGAAAGCCGUCGGCGGUGGUGCCAUGACGCUACAUCAGCAGAUGCCCCUCCUGGAAAUCCAGCUUUUGGCGCAUGGCAACGUCGAGCAGCCAGUCGGGUCCCACGACGCGAGGUUCCAUAUGGCCCUGCCGAGCCAUUUCGGAAAACUUGGCCCACAGCUGUUUCUCGGCCGCACUCUCGCCGCUCACGAGAUACACGGGGUCCGGAGGCGCGCCGCCGUCCUCCUCGGCCGUGGUCGGCCGGAUUGUCGAGCCACUCCGGGCGCGGUAGACCUUGAAUAUGGCCCCGUUGGCCUCGGCGAUGGCCUUGAACGCUGACGGCCCGUGCGGCACCUCGGCUGUGCAGUAUACGGGAACGCCCCAGAGGAGCUUUCCCUUGUUCUGCCGGGCCCUGGCCACGAACUUGAGGAUCUCCGGGUGUGUCGGGUCCUUGAGUGCGUACUCUUCAAUGUUCGGCAGUUCACCCGUCUCCAGCGCUUGAGUGAGGAAGUCGACGUUGAUCAGGUCUGGCCCUCGGGCCAGCGUUGUCAGGAACUUUUGCGUCCGCACAACUUUGGGAGCAGCCAGAUAAUCACACGGCUGCCCUUCUUGCACGAUCUGGAUCCCCAUUUGUCGGAGUUUACGCUAGACACGGCAAGAAUCCAUUAGCGCACCAACACAAUCUUGGUUGAAAUGUAGACUUGAACUUACCCGCUCUUUGUCCUCCUGUAGCGCCCCGCCCUUGGUCUUGUCACCCGUG